UCUGCAACUCCAAAGAUUUCCUAAGUUCCUCUUCGAGUAGAAUCGUUUCCAGAGAGAUACAAGAAAUGGCAUCUUUCAACAAUUUAAAAAAUGUGCUAAUGCUGGCAAUUGACUGGAUUCUGUACAGUGCUGGUGCUGCAGAUACCUGCCAAGUCAAGGUAACACAACCCAGAUUUCAGGAAGCUGACUCCUCCAUGCAAACUGUGUUCCUAUCAUGUGCUUUCUCUGCCUCUGGAUGCUCCUUGUUCCCACCUCAAGUUCUAUGGUUUCGCUUUUUAACUAACAAACAUGAGGAUUUGUGUAUUCCUGAGUGCAAAAAGCAGCAGAAGUUCAAAGUACAUUUUUUUUCAGAAAAAAACAUUUCACUUCAGAUCAAUGAUCUGACUGUAGAUGACAAUGCUGUUUAUAUCUGUGGAAUAUCAUUUUCAAAUUCAAGUUCACCGCGUGCUAAACAAACAGGAGAUGGAACAGUACUAACGAAAACAGGAGAGGAAAUGCAGCACGGCAAUGGAAAACUCGUCUUCAUCUUCCUGAUCAUCGCCUCAUCCUUAAUGUUUCUAUACAGCACUACUGUAUUCACAUUCUUUGCAGUCUACAAGUUAAAACCAAAGCUGCUAAAGAAAAGCAGGAACGAAGACCAAAGAACAGAGAACUGUAAAAUCAAUAGUGGACGAAAAAUUUUUCAAGCGAUUGCCCAAGAACUUCAAAAGCAGAAGUAUGCUGAACGUUACCGACAGCCUGAUGAUUUGGAAGAUGACAAUGUUUAUCAGAACAGAUGACCAUAUGCAGCAGUUCAGAUUUGUUCAAUAUCUCAUGCAAGCAAAGGGGCAGAUGAAGAAGUUCAGCUUCCUCACAAACUUCCUUUGCUUUAAAAAGAGAGGAGAAAACCUUGCAGGGCAGUGUUCUUCGAGAGUAUUUUCUAAACAGAUCACCAAAACCAAGUGCAUUGUAUGUUACAUCUAUGUUAAUAUAUUACUUCCAUUUUCCAUUCUGGAAGAGUAAGAACCAUGGGAAAAGACUUCAUCUUUCAUAAGAUAACUGUUAAUGCUUCAUAAAAGUUUCCUUUCGCAGUUUAGAUUUAAUUCUAUGUCUUUUUUUCUUUUUACAUAAAUUUACAUGUAUUCCUUUUACAUGAAUUAAGCAUUUGUGAAAGAUGUAUGAUAAUUGACAGCAACAGAAAAUAAAUUCAUUUCAUAGGUGAAACUCUGGGUUUAGUCAUGUUAAUGUGAUAGUUACCAAUGUAACAGAUAUACACACAGAUCAACAAUUACUGAAUCUUAACAAUGACUUAAACAGAGCAAAACCUAUGUAUUCUGUAGACAGGCAAGCAGAAAAAAAAAGACAAUAUAAAUGCAUGUACUAUCAUGGUAAAGCUCAUUUGGGAUGGGAGCUUCUUUCUAGCCUAUUUAGGAGAGGAAAGUAGUGGUCAUAGUGAGGAGGCUGCUCCUGCAAAAAUAAAAUUCACUUGCUAGACAGACAACCCCCAUCUUCCAGUCCUACCAUCCAAAGUCAGGAUUACCUGGAGCACCAAGUUUUGCCUUUACAUGCUCAUUCAACAUGGAUACAAGCAUGAACACUGAAGCAUACCACCUAGUCAAGGUAGUUUUGUGUUUUGUUUUUUUUUUUUAAAGUACCUAGCCAAUCUACAGAAAUCAGGCAUUCUCCCUACUAAAGAACAGCUGCACCUUUUAUCAUCACUUAAAUAAAGCAAGGCUUUGUUUAAAAAAAUGAAAAGGCAUUUAUCACAUCAGUGAGAUGAGAGCUGACAAAUGAGACAAAGCAAGAGUCCAUCUAGCACAGUACUGUGUUUCCAGCUCAAUUUAGUACCAAGUAUUUCAGGAAGAUGGAAAACACACCUUUGUCUUCUUAUCCCUGUCAAUCAAUCACAACGACAUCAAUGUGUUCAACCAGAAAAUUUCAUAAUCCCAGGCUGCUAGUGUUUACUACUUCUGAAGUAUGGUGUCUCUGACAUUUUUAUUUUACAGAAACUUAAACCAGUCUAGUCAUAUAUUAUCUAAUAAUGCCUUUAUGCAAAUACGAUGUCUAUAUUAGGAAAUACAAAGUAUUUUUACAUGACCCCAUGGGAUACCUAUUAAAAAUACAAAGUUAUAAUAAUACAUGUUCUUAUGUGACUAGUCCAAUAACCUAUGAUUCAUCCAGCUUAUUGCACAUGUCUAAAUUUGGCAAGUAAGUGCAUUACUUCUUGUUCUGUACGUUGAAAAUAAAACUCUGAGAAGCCCCAGAAAGAAUUUAUGAUUAAGCUACUUUGGACUCUAGGUGUCACUGUAAUUCCACAAACAGUAAGCACAGAGAUAUUAUUUCACCUCCUCCUCCACCUUGCUUUGUUCUCUUAAAGCAACUUUUAUGUUAUUCACUUAGUUUCUGCAAUUACCCUCCCAUUACAUCACCUGUAAUAACCCAAAUACCUCAUUUUGAUUAAAAUAAUUUCUGCAUUUCUAGAAAAUGAUCUAUACACUGAUCAAACAUCUUACUUGCCUCAUCUCUUCUCCAUUUGUUCCCUCCUCUAAAAUUCAAAAGUUUCUCUAGGUGGGUCCAAAUUGCUUUUAAUUUAGCUGAACUUACUUGAGCCAUGAAAUGUUCUCUUUGAAUGUUCCAUGUAUAUUUUGUUUUGUUAAAUAU